CAGUCCACUCCGCAGUCGACUCGUGUCUCUCCGGUUCAACCCCGUGGUACAGCUAGUUCACGUCCCCAAUCCUCACGCCCGCAGGGCCAAAGAGGAGCUAGAGGUUCUUCACCGUUCGAGGAUCCCCUACUCAACAUGUCGUGGGCACAGCAAGUGCAAGCUGAAGCGGCAAGACUUACUGCAGAAGCUUCCAAGAAAGAGAAGAAGGAACAGAAGAAGCAAGAGUCGGAAAGUUCAUCGGGAGUAGAGAAGCAAAGUGUCGAAAAGGAAAAGAAGAAGCCACAAGAGGAAGAGAUGGACACAUCCGAGGUAGUUCAGGAAGGAAGCGCUCUACAGCACGACGUCAACCCAAGCGAUUGGGAGCCCAACACAGCUAAUACAGGUGAAAGUAAUAAGCCCACCACUCAGCUUGAGAUCACUUACGAUGAGAUGGCCACCGCGGGAGCUAGUAUGAUGAAGAAAAAGGAAGGAGAAGGAGAAGGCUCUUCAGAGGAAGAAGGAGAGGAUGGAAGCCAAGAGUACUCUAGGAGGAGGCCAUUCUACACCGAACCCGGCGGACCCCUUAGAGUCAAUCCAGCACCCACGUCACUCAUGAAGAAACCGAACGUGACGCCUCAUAGUACAAUCAACGUAGAACCGUACACCGUUGAGGAAUUGACGGCCCAUCAGUUUCGCACAGUGUUCGACUACAUCACGACGAACAACAUUCUGAGGGAUCGAAUCCGCGGCAUCAGAAUACCGGACAGGGAGACAACACCAGCCCGUCCCUCAGACUACGAAGGCAUUCAUGUACUUCAAACUCUACUGGAGAUCGUGCAGCACACCACCCAGUCGUUCCAUAACCUCGCGGUCAUCUUGGUGAGACAUCAACCACUCGAGAUUCGCUACACUCACCUCAUGGGAUGGAUUCACGAGUUGACCCACAGCAUCACGUCUAUCACCGUCAAUCGAGAUCAGCUCCAGGAGAUCAUGUUGCCGAGGCUCUUUCAGUGGUCCCAAGAUCUAGACUACUUUAGAGCCACACUCCAGCUUUUCGGCAUAACGGAGGAGACGUUCACCGAGAUCCCAUCGUCGUUGUGUGCCCCCCCCAGGCUGGACAACAGUCCAACUCUAGCUCGAGGCCCGGUUACGACCCCGCAGGAACGGGCACAAGGAAACGUGGUAUGGGAAGGCGAGAGUCGUGAAGUCGAGCCUCCCACGUCAAGACCACGUCGUAGACCAGAGCGUCGAUCUGUCAGUCGUAGUUCAACCCGUAGACCAGCGGAGCGUGCACCGACCCAACACCGCUCACGUUCCAGGUUCAUGACGCGAUCAGUGCCUUCCGAAUCACACGGAAGAGUAGAACCUUGCGUCUUCUGUCUGAAGGAAGGACAUUAUAGUUCAGAUUGCGACGCUUAUCCUUACCUCAGCGACAGGGCUCAUCUGGCUUCCCGGGAUGGCAUGUGUAGUAAUUGCCUCAAGUCACACUAUGGCAUAUGCAUCCGCAAGGACCCCUGCAGCAUAUGCCACCAGGAGGGUCACCAUAGGGCAUUUUGCACCCAAAACCCUUUCGCUGUCUUCGACCUAGAUCUGACUCCUGAGGCGUUCUAUGACGACCUUCAGUUCAGACCUAUCGUCCUCCCCCUCGUGGUUCGAGUACGAGUCUCCACCGGGCACCACACGCGCACACCUUCAAAAUUAGAUGACGAGACGAAGUCGAGAGAGGAAGAGUCUGCCAACCUCUUCGGUGCUGCUGACAUGGUG